GCGACUCCACGCGUGACGUCGCGGGGGGCGCCGGCCUCCGCCCGGCUGCGAGCGCAGGCUCUUCCCGGAGGCUCAGACCCCUCUGCUCCCCAUGGGCAGCUGCCAGGCAGGGCACUACCUGCAUCUCUGCCUGGCCCACAACCCGCCUCUGGUCUGUGCCACUUUGAUCCUGCUUCUUCUUGGCCUUUCUGGCCUGGGUCUUGGUGGCUUCCUCCUCACCCACAGAACUGACCUGCGCAGCCCUGACAUCCCCCAGGACUGGGUCUCCUUCUUGAGAUCUUUUGGCCAGCUGACCCUGUGCCCCGUGAAUGGGACAGUCACAGGGAAGGGGCGUGGGUCUCAUGUCGUGGGCUUACUGACCACCUUGAACUUUGGAGAUGGUCCAGACAGGAACAAGACCCAAACAUUCCAAGCCCAGGUCCAGGGUAGUCGGAUGGGAUUGAAAGGAUCUUUUGCAGGAGAGCUGGUCCUCGUUACGGCCAGGGUGACCACAGAAAGGACCCCAGGAACCUGCCUUUAUUUUAGUGCUGCUCCACAAAUCCUGCCCUCCAGCCAGCCACCGAUACCCUGCUCAGAGGAGGGAGCAGGAAAUGCCACCCUGAGCCCUCGAAUGGCUGAGGAGUGUGUCAGUGUCUGGAGCCACGAAGGUCUUGUGCUCACCAAGUUGCUCAUCUCGGAGGAGCUGACUCUGUGUGGCUCUCGGCUGCUGGUUUUGGGCUUCUUCCUGAUCCUGUUCUGUGGCCUCUGCUGUCUCACUGCUGCAUGCUUCCAUCCGCGCCGGGAGUCCCACUGGUCUAGAACCCGGCUCUGAGGGCUCUGGCCUAGUUCCCGUCUCGUUCUCAGGUGUGGAUCAACUUCUUGGGCCUUGAUUCUGAGUUGGAAGAGAUGUUACAAAAAGUGGAGAGCUGGAAUAUGGGAGGAAAUAAAAGGCUUUUUUGCUCAAAAAAAAAAAAAAAAAGUAA